AUAAGAAAGCUGAGCAGAGCAGCAUCAAGACUGAGAUUGAACAGCCGGAGUGGUCCACUGUGGAUCAAGUGACAUCCGGUUCCAGCAGCUUCAUUAGGGAGCUUAUAUUAGAAGAAGUCCUGAUGAAGCUUGUCAAGAAGAUAUGCCGUAUGCCAAAAAGGACCAACAAACAUCAGCGCAUCCAGAUCAGUGAUCUGGUGACUGAGCUGAUCCGAUUGUUUGAUGAUGAGGUGGCCAAAUAUCUGAUUGAGGAAAUGGGAAGCCAGCAAAAAAGUUUCAAUUCUAAGAUGACAUCGAAGCUGGCAGAUGCCAUCUACACUGACCUUGGGAAGGUCAAGCGUUUGAAACGCUCCUUGAAAAUUGACGAUUUAUUUGAGGACCAGGAGAUGCUUUCCUUUGUCUCUGACAUUGUUUCCCACAAGCUACUGGCCAUCUUGAAACCCUCAGUGCCCAACCCAUAUGACCACGAGACCUCAGACCUUGAAGACUCAUGCAGGGAUGAUGUGGAGGAUGCGGAAUCUGAGGGGGUGCAUUAUGCCACCGGCAGAAAGUCCAAGAUGAGCAUUGUCCUUAAAGACACUACAGACCAGCCAGAGAUGUACAUUGCUGUGGAUUCUCCACCUAUGAUUAAAUUAUCCAAGAUGAGGAAAGGCAUCCGAGGCUUCUUCUGGGGAGUCCAGAAGGCCUGGAAACGCUUGGUCACCUGCAAGUCCUCUGAUGGAUAGCCUGGAUGACGUGCAGCCCAUGUCAGUUGCUUUUGCCAGGCUACAUCUGAGGAGAACACAACUGGCCUCAAUAUAACAUUUUUAUUUUUGUUGUUCAUUUCUGUUUUCAUUUGAGUCCCCUAAUGCUGCUCUAUUUGAACCAGGCUGUCAGUGGACUAGCUUACCAUUAGUUUAUACUCCUUAAGGAAGAUCCACUAUAGGCUACUCAACACCAAAAUUCCAUCUGGGUCUUUUGAUCCCUUAUUAGCUCCCACUCCUGUAACUAGGAAUGUGAGCUUCUAAAUGUCAUUCAGACAUCUACAGCUUCUCCUGUGAUUAGGAAGAUAAGCUAAGAAGCCCAACCAAUUGACUAGAUGUGCUGUACAUCUGAUGCUCUCUCCCUAUUGUAAUCAUUGAUCCACGUCCAUUGCAGCCUCUACAUUUGAUGUAGAUAUUUAGCCUAAAUUAAAGAAUUACAAGGAGGGUAGGCCGGCAGCAGCUUCUACUCUUACGAUUAGGAAAGUGGUGCUAAACUUUUUGGGAUUUGAGGAACUAUGUAUUUUAUUUUUCAAUCACUUACAUACUUUUUAAUGGAUGUUUUAAUAAACCAUUUGUAUUGCAGA